AUGAUAAAAAAUGCUGUUACUAUCCACGAAUUCCUUGCGCAAAAAGCGGCUUCUCCCCUAGAAUCUGUAGAUGCUAGUUAUCCCAGUAAAGUAGUCGGGCAAGAGCAAGAUUUGUCGCCAAGCGUCGAGAGACAAACCUAUUCAGAGAAGAGGAAAUUCUGGGAGGAUAUAUCAAGGAAACGGGAAAGUUAUCAGCGUUCGGAGUCGGAGGUGUCGAGAACCUCGCAGUUGACGAUAAACGAGAGCGACAGCGAGUACAUACAGAACGUAAUCACCGAGGACACGGCAGACAUUGGCCAGCAGCAGAUCGACAAGUCUGAAACGUUGGAAGAUUUGAACGUGCCCGAUAUAUCCGAGUGUUCCGUGGCGGAGAAAGCGCAGUACUUCGAGGAGCAAAUACAAAAAGAGACGACGAAACUUCCGCCCAAGCUGCAUCAACAGGACUCGUUGAAAUCCGAGAAAGAGAAGGUAACGAAGAUCAAGAUAAGCGAGAAGGAGAAGGUGGAUAAGGAUGAGAAGUACGUGGCCGAAUUGAAACAGAAAAAGGUGGAGGAGAAGAGGGUGGAGAUUGUUACGUUGCAAAAGGAAGAGGAGAAAGAAGGUGAGAAAAAGGAGAGAAGAUUGUCUGACGAGGAUGAAAAGGAAAAGGAUGAAAGUAAAUACGUGGAAGUGAGCGAGGUAACAUCUGAAAAGGAAGUGGGGAAAGAAAAGGAAGAUUAUGUGAAACUUGAUGAGGUCGUAACCGAGAUAUCUGUAAAACCUGAAAAAUUAGAGGAAGAUAUUGAAAGGUUAGAGUCUACGCCUGUUACAACAUCCGUAGAGAAAAUUGAGAAAAUAGAGGUGGAAGAAAAAAUGGUGGAACCGUCGAUGAUCAUCGAAGAAAAAUCGGUUGAUGAGAUUAAACGAGUGGAUGAAGUAGAGAGAAUGAAAAUUGUGGAGGAAACUCCCGUACUGAUAAAAGAUCAAUUAGUCGAAUUAAAAGUUGAAGGUGUUGUGGAGGAAGAAAGGAAAACAGUUAUCACUGAAGUACCUGCACAAGAUAUCGUAGAAGAUGUAAAAAUAAGAAGAGAAGAAGUACAAGAGUCAAUUACACAAGUAAGUAUAAAAGAGAUGGAAGAAGAGAAACUAAAGGAUGUUACAAAAUCUAUAGAAGUAGAACAAAAAAAAGAAAUGGAAGAAAAAGUGGAACCAAUAUCGGAAGUAAAAACGAAAGAAAAAGUUAUAGAAGAGAGUGUAGAAGACAAGAAAGUGGAAGUGGAAAAAUCUAUUCCUGAAGUGAGUGUAGAACGAGAAACGAUAGAAGAAAUUGUAAAAGAAAAAGAAAAGGACGUCGAAGUUACGAAAAUAGUUAUUCACGAAGAAAUUAUAAAGAAGCACGUAGAGCCAGAAGUGCAAGAAUUUAUUGCAGAAAUUGAAGAAAAAAUCGUAAGCGAGAAGGAAAGCACAGAGCAGAAAAAAGAAGAAGCAGAAAAGAUUGUUACAGAGACAAUUACACAAGAAGAAGCAAAAGAUGGUACUCUGGUGCAAGAGCAAGUAUUGAAAUCCGUUCAAGUGGAAGAGGGAAGCGAUGGUUUAGGCGCAUUAACCCAAAUGCCUGAAAGUAAAAUCGAGACUAAGGAGAUGCAAAAGUUUAUGGAGGAAGAAAGGAAACCAGAAGUGGAAGUUAAGGAGGAAAUAAGACUGAUUGAAGAAGAAAAAUUGGAGAAGGCGUUUCCUGAAUCGAUUGCGAAGGAAGAUGAGAAAAUGGACAAGGAUAAAAUUCAAAAGGAAACGAAGCUUAAAGCUACGAUGGAAGAGAAACGUGUUCCGAGUAAACUCGAAAUCGAUAAGGAAUCAAUCGCGGAGAAGGAAGAUAUUUCGCCAACGACUAGAAAGAAAGAAUUCGAAUCUCGAAUACCGAAGCGCGUCGUGGAUGUGAAACCGACGUCUGAUAAAGCUGGAAAGAAGGAUACGCACGUAAGAAAAGAGAGCGAAUCGUACACGAUAACGGAGAAGAAAUCGAGCGAAGAGAUAACCUCGAAAUUGGAGGAACAUUUAACUACGAAGAGUGAAACGCAAACAUUUUCGAAAACUUUCACCGAUCCUCACCAAGCUUUCAAAAUGUUCGAGGAUAUGGAUAGCUUAGGGAAGAGUAGUGAGUUCGCAACGGUGACGUCUAAGAUCGAUCAUAAAACGUCGACCAUGCUGGAGAAGAAAGAAGUAGUAUCCUCGGAGAUUUCCACCGGCAGGGACAAGGUAAUCACGCACGAGGAGAAGGAACGGGUUGAAAAGAAGAAAUCGUUGGAAUCGCAAUUGAAGAAGGAGUCGCCGACCGAAACGUUGGAGGAGAAGAGCACCAGGCGGGAGGAAUUGGACAAAACAGCGAUUCAAAAAUUGUCGAUGAACCUGACGGAUACUCGAAACAUAAUAGACGCGGCUGCGUCCGAAUCGAGGGCCGAGACGAAGAAAGAGGAGAUAUUUAAAAAGUUGUCGGACGAAGAGGGAGUGACGACUCAGGAGGCGGGUAGCAGCGUGUCGAGGGAGAGCGACGCAGACGUGGCUAUACGAAUAAAGAGAGAGAUUGGUAGGAAAGGCGGCUACGAGGAGGAUGUGAAAGUGGUGGAGGGAAAAGCGACGGAGAGGAUAUCGAGGCCAGUCGCGGAUACGGAUCAAAUCGAGACGCUCGCUCAAGGGGAAUCGCACAGAGAGACGAAAGAAAAGAAGGAGGAAGUAGCGCGGCCGAGCGUAAGUUUGGAGGAGCAGCAACGGCAAAAGUUCAAAGAGAUCGAGGCGCGUACGAUAGCGGAGACUCUGAUUCAAUCGAUCGAGAGCGAGAUCGAAGCGAAAUCAGCGGCGGAUUUGAAAGCGGAGUUGCUCAGCAAAGGAUAUCUGGAGCAAAUAAUAAGCGAAAGCGUGGAAACGGAUCACGAGAAAUUGGCGGAUGAUUUGACGCGAAAAUUCGAAAGUAUAAUGAAGAGGACGGCGCAGGAGAAGGCGGGGCGCGUGGACUCGUCGAGAUUUAGAUCGUCGUUACAGGAGGAAUCGUUGGAGAAAAGUUCGACCAGGGACAGUAUAAGCGUUAGCGAGGAUAUAACGAGGGACGAGGAAUCGUCGCCCCACGAGAAAGAAGAAAGUUUCCCCCUUUCGUCGUCCCAGGCCAAACUCCAAGACAGAGAUAUCACCAUGAGCCCCAGUAGCAUAUCGGAACAGAUAGAUUUCGAGGAAACGAUCGACGUGGAUACGAACGAGUUGGAGAGCGUGUCGAAGCCAACGAUGAGCCCGCAAUACGAGAAACAACGAUCGAGCAGCCAGCUGAGUUUCCCUCCCGACAAGAUGGUGUCCGAGAUUUCGGGCGCCAGAGUUUUGGAAAUACUGGAACCAGGUAUGGACAGUCAAUCCAGGGAGGAUUCGGUGGACGUGCCCUCGUUAGAGAUGGACGAGCACAAAAUAUCGGAGCAGACUAGCAGAGGGAUACCGUCGUUGCGCGAGAGCGCGGAAAUGGAUUCGUUCGAGAGGUUGGCGCAAGAACGAGAUAUCACGAUCAGCCCUAGCACCGUAUCCGAGGAUACGAAUAUAGAUUACUCUUUGGUGCAAGAGUCGUCUCAUCCUAUUGGAGGAUCCCAAAGGGAAUUGCCUAUGAUAAGCGCGAAAAGAGCGGACAGUUUCGAGAUCGAAAGUCCUCCGCUCGUCUCGCCGAAACCGAAGGUGCGUGGCCUCGAGAUAAUUAAACCUGUCGAUUGGAUGAUCGGCGACGAGAAGAUCGAAAUAUCGGAGACGUUGCAACCGUCUCAGAUCUUUAAUCAAGAAUUGGAGGCGUACGAAACGAUGAUCAAGAAGAAGGAACGAUUGUCCUCGUUGGACGGAUCGACGGAUCACGAACAGGAAUCCGGCACGAAAUCGUCGGAGGACAUCAGUGUGAUAGAAUCGACGAGGGAGGCAGCGGUUGCUGCGGAUGACGAUCGUAAACCAACGAAAUUCACCGUGAUUCCCGUCAGCGAGCAGGAUUUUGAAAACGAGUUGGUGGAGAAUAAAUUGGACGUUAGUUGUCAGGAAUUGGUCGACACGUUGCAGCGCGAAUACGACGCAAAAACGCCUAUCGAGGAAUACGUGGAAAGUACUCGGAAACAAGUUGUCACCGAUGAAACGGUGGAAAAACACGAAAAAGAAGUUUUGCAAAUGGAAAAAUCGGUUGUGGAAGAAGAACCUAGCGAACCAACUACGAUUGAAGAACAAAGGGUGGAAAAGAAAGAAGAGGUGAAAGAAGAGGUGAAAGAAGAAGUGAAAGAAGAGGUAAAAGAAGAAGUGAAAGAAGAAGUGAAAGAAGAAGUGAAAGAAAAGAUGAAAGAAGAAAUAAAAGAAGAGAUGAAAGAAGAAGUGAAAGAAGAGGUGAAAGAAGAAGUGAAAGAAGAGAUGAAAGAAGAAGUGAAAGAAGAAGUGAAAGAAGAGGUGAAAGAAGAGGUGAAAGAAGAGGUGAAAGAAGAGGAGAAGAAGGAAGACGAAAAGAUAAAGGAGGAGGAAAGAGGGAAGGAAAAGGAAGAGGCGAGGGAAGAGGAGAAAACGAAAGACGAUGGUUUGGCUAAACCUUUGAAAAUCGAGGAAAGUAAACAGGAGAGAGUGGCGGCAAAGCCGGAAAUCGAAUUGAAAUUGGAGAAAACAACGGACGAGUUGAAGGAAUGGACGGAAGCUUAUUUGUCGAAGAUGAAACCGUUGAGCGAGGAAUACAAAAGGCAUAUGGAGAAAGCUACGGAGAAGCACGACAAGCCUGGAAGAUCGACGACAGUUCCUUCCGACACUUGUGCCUUGAAAAUAAAAAAAGAUGAUCUCUCUAGUGUUGAUUUAAGUGCACGAUACGCUAUAACCGUUCUAGAUCAGGUAGUUAAAAAAGAGAUAGCCGAGGUGAAGGAGUCUUUAGAGGCGGCUAAGCAAGACCUGAUAGAGGAAUUAAGCGAGAAUAGUGAAACUGUGAUCCAAAUAAAAGAUUCCCCCUCAGAAUUCCGAUUUAAAUUACAACCCGAGUCCAUUCCCAACGAUUUACCAUUUUUAUACACACCAGCGUAUCCUGCUGCUGAGCAAACCCACGAGUCGGAUACCGAAGCGGUAAAGAGGGAAUCCCCCGUCGAUAAAUCGAAAUGCGAGACGAAGGAUACCGAUCGAGGCGAAACGGAGACGGAUGAUGGACCCGGUGGUAUCGAGGAACCGCAACGUGAAACGCAAAAGGAUACACCUGUGAUUAAAACCGAUAAGUCUGACGCAGAGACUGCUGUAAUAACCGUCCACGAAGAUACGAAAGACGAGGAGGAAGUCCGCGAAGAGGAACAUCCCAGCCCCGUGCCUGCCAGCAUGUCAGGCUCGGACAUAGACAAUAAAGACGAGAGUUCUUCUUUGGCUUUACCGCGCCCCGUGCUUAGAAGACGCCAGAAACCCGGUAGAAGCGCCAAACGUAUCACAUCCGACAGCGACGCGGAUCUCGGUUCUAGUUCCGGCGAGAGUAGCAAUUAUCAAUCGUGCGACUACGAAAUCGGUAGCGGUAGCCGACCCAGCUCCUCCGACGUGGAGGCGAUGCAAUCGUGCGGCGUGCCUUCGGCCACCGCCUCGGAAUACGAAACUGCGAUGAUGUCGGUCGAGCACUCCACCUCUUCCAAACCAACCUCGCAGGAGUAUCAGACAGCGGCCACGACCAUGAGCUCGCGCGAAUCGAUGAAGUCUUUGACCUCUUUGAGCUCCGGCCAUCUUGGCAGCAUCGACAGCACCAGCGAAUUGUCCGAGACUUUGGUAGCGUCCGAGGCGGAUGCGGACAAAGAGGAGGAGGACGAGGAGGAGGAGGAGGAGGAGGAGGAGGAGGAGCGUUUGGACGGUGCUCUGGACGGGGAGCAGACCGAACAGUCGGACUCGUCAGGCAGCGAUAUACCGAUUGACGAGCCGAUGGACGAUAUCUACAAUCGGGCGCCUUGUCGUAUGAAACGAUCGUCCGAAAUGAUCUUCCCUCAAGUCCUCGAGGCGGCCGCUCUCGAGGAGUCGCCGGCCAAGGACGCCAAGGGUGUAGAUUUCGCCACGUCCACCUCGACCACGGGAACGGGAGCUAGCCCCGUUCGAUCCGUCGAUAUAAUGACAUCGCGAGUUUCCGAGGACGGGGUGCAAAGCGUGUGCACUCAAGUGAUAUCGACUCGAGGCGUGGAGGCCGAGGUUGAAGCCGAGAUGGCAGCAUCCAAGGUGGAAAGCCUGCCGGAGACGGGGACGGGUGAAAAGGACGGGGAGGAAGGGACAACGUUGGACGUGCAAGCGAUCGAGUCGGAGCUUUUGGAGCAGAGAUAUGGAAGCGGGCAAGCCCCGACCAGCGAAAGCCCGGAAAUGUCGAUGCAAACGUCGACGCCCUCCAUAGUGCAACAGGCUUCGAUGUCCACGUCCUCGACGUCCGGCGUGUCUAUAGACACGGUGGUGGGGAAAGAGAAGUCGGCGGAUCGUCAAUCGCCCGACAGCGAUUCGUUCGAGAUGGUCGAUAAACCCGACAUCAUCGACGAUUUCGUGGUCAUAGAGGAAGUUGGCAGAGAGGCCGAGGAGUACGAUUCCGAAGGGAAAAGCAUACGCAUCAGUUCCAUACCUCAGGUGAUCGGCAAACAGUACGAUCGGGAUCUUGAAAAUCUCAUAACGGAAAACAAGGAAGAUUCGCAAGUGUCGACGAGCCAAGCGUCGAAGAACAACGAAUUGUUCGACUUCGAGUCGGAGGAGAGCCCGCCUCAAGUCUCGAACGACGAUCAAUAUUCCCAAUCGUACUCGGACGACGAGCAAUACGAAGGGGGGAAGAAAUGGAUAGAGAUGCAAUUCCACGCGGAUCCACGGGUCUACGACAUCGAGUACGAUCGAGGUCCUUUGGAGGAUAUAAAGGAAGAGGAGAUCACCGACUUCGAGGCUGGGAGCAGUAGAUUCGGCAGUCUGGGCAGUCACAAAGAAUCGAUAGGAAGCGUGGGUAGCAUGCGUGGCAGUUUCGGAAGCACGCCCGACUACGACGUCCUGGCCGGUAGGAAAUACUUCACCAGGCCGUCCGACCACGACAACGUGUCGUUGAGCUCGUUGCAAGAGUUCGAGAACUUGGAGAGCGCCGUAGCGGCCGAGAAUUCUAGAAAAUUGCAAUGCGGCUCCCACGAUUCCGUGAAUAACGGCAGUCUUCCAAGGAGGUACAUGACCAGCCGAUCCGGCCACGGCGACGACAUCUCGUUAUCCUCGUUGAAGGAUUUCGAAGGGUUGGAGAGGGCUUGUAGGGAGGCGCAUUUAAUCGAAUUGCGGGCGAGGGAGGAGGAAGACUUGUUGGAACACGAGAGCCCCGAGAACAAGUACAAAUUGGAGAGUCUAACGCGAGCGAGGGUGGACACGAGCACGGCCGGCUCGUUCAACGCGAGCACGUCGGGCUCGGACGAUUACGAGAAGAGAAUAAAAGAGAUCGACGAGAUAAUACGGAUAGCCCAGUCGAACGUGGAGAAGUCGGAUCGGCAAGACGACACGACGGAGGACAUUUCGCAGAUCGAAAUCACGGACGCUGAGAAAAUUGGGUCUCAGGCAGGCGUGCAACCCGUUUCGAAACCGGAGGAGGAACUGGAGGAACCGACCCUGUUGCCACUUCAAAGGGAGACGAACGUUAUGGAGACGAGUACGGAUUCCCUCGAGUUGGAGGACAAUAUGGAUAAGAAGCAUCAUCAGUUAUGCCGAAGCUCCGACUCGUUGGAGAUGAAAACCACGCUGGAUUUUCCUUCGUUGAGUUCGGACUCGUUGAACAACGUGCGAGACGCAAGGGAGAUGCAGUCGGACGUAGCCGAACACGCGAGCAGCGUUAGACGUAUUUCUUCGGACUCGUUGGACAUGCCUUUGCUCGAGCAACAGGAUUCCGAAAGGCCGAGCAACGAAGAUGAUCGUUCGGAUGGUGUCACGUCGGACAAUUCCUUGGAGCACAGAUCGGACGCAGGGGAAACCGAUAGAAGCGAUAGAGCGAGGACAACACCGAGCACCAAUACAUAGGAAUAUUUUCGUAGAUAGCGGACCAUCAAAGUGAAUUUGUUACAACGUUGGUUCUUAAGGCUACAACGAUGUAUUAUUGAACCAAUUGAAAUGCUUUACGUAAUACAGCAUAAUAUAAUGAAAAAUGAAGUACUAAAAGAAAUACUUGCGCGUUGUGCAUAUGCAAGGUAUUAAAAUGCAUUUAUCUUUAUUUUAUGCGACGUUUUAUAAGAAUAUAAUUGUUUUAUGAUGCUUAAGUGAAAUAGUUAUUAUCUUUAAAAUAUAGGAUUGUUAUUAAAAUGAGGUAGAAACACGAAUGACGCUUAUUCAUUUCGUAUUAAAAUCUAUCGAAAAAAAAAAAGAAAAAACAAAAAAAAAAAAACAAAAAUUGUAAUUGCUUUCGAUCUACUUAUUUCAAUAAUUAUGAAUUAUCUUGCUUCGUUGUUCACGAUUGUUUACAGUAAUUAAGUUUAUAUCGCAAAAAUUGUACUUUUUAAAUGUUAUUCUCGUAUGUCCUACUUGUAUGAUAAUACUUACAUAAAGAAAAAAAAAA